CCGGGCAGCGGCAGGGCAGCCACGGCUGCGGAGCGGCAGCAGCAAGUGGUUGGGCUGCGCAUUUCCUUCCCUCCCCCUUGGCCCGGCCCGGCCCGCGGUGCCCAGUGCGUGGCGCCCGCGGCUGCUCGGUCCUGCGCGCCUCCCUGCAGCCGCGGGCCGCUCCCUUCCCCGCCCGCCUGCCCAUGUCCCUGCCCGUGGUGCUCCCCGGCUCCUGCUGCCCGGUGGCCGGGCUCUCGGGCGGGCCGCAGGCCGGGGGCCCGGGCGCCACGGCCACCGCUGCCCAGGAGCCACCGCUGCCUCCCUUGCGGCCACGCUGGCCCCGGGCCGCGCUGCAGCCCCCGGUGCGGUCUCGCUGCUCGGCCACCGCCGCCGGGGUGCUGGCCGUGCCGCCCGCGCUCUCCUCCCGCCGGGCCGCCGCCGUCGCCCCGAGCUCCGCGCUGCUGCCCGGCCGUCCACUGCUGUCGCUCGGGCUGCUGCAGCUGAUCCUGGGGUGCUGCAUGGUGGCACUCAGCUUCGGGGCGCUGUCGCUGAGCAGCUCCCCGCAGGUGAAGAACUCGUGCCCGUUCUGGGCCGGCUCCUCGGUGAUACUCUCUGGAAUCAUAGGAUUAACAACUUGGAAACGGCCUAUGAUACUCCUGGUCAACCUCUUCGUGCUGCUCUCCGUGGUGUGUGUCCUCUUAAAUCUCGCUGGGUUUAUCCUGGGCUGCCAAGGGGCUCAGUUCGUGUCCAGCGUGCCCAGGUGUGAUUUGGUGGACUUAGGUGAAGGCAAGAUUUGCUUUUGUUGUGAAGAAUUUCAACCAGCCAAAUGCACAGACAAAGAAAAUGUCUUGAAACUCUUCCCGGUUCAGCCUUGUAGCGCGGUUCACCUUCUACUUAAGAAAGUCCUUUUUGCGCUGUGUGCCUUGAACGCCCUGACCACCACCGUCUGCCUGGUGGCCGCCGCCCUCCGCUACGUCCAGAUCUUUGCCGCCAGGAGGUCCUGCAGCGAUGAGUCCCAGAUUUCUGCCGAGGAAGUGGAAGAACAGGGACGCAUCCCAGACCCCGACGACUUCGUGCCGCCGGUGCCGCCCCCUUCCUAUUUCGCCACGUUUUACUCGUGCACACCCCGGAUGAACCGCAGGAUGGUUGGUCCCGACGUGAUCCCACUGCCGCAUAUAUAUGGAGCGAGAAUCAAAGGCGUGGAGGUGUUCUGUCCUCUGGACCCGCCGCCUCCGUACGAAGCCGUGGUGCAUGAGACAGACCGGGAGCAGGUACUGUCCACGCAGACGUCUUCAUUCCAAAUAUCAGAGGGAUCAGAAGCCGCCACCAGCCCGAUGGAACCGAUCGGCGUGCCAGUGACUCAAGAUGGGAACAUUCCUAACACACCUGGAGAAGAAGGCGCAUCCACUUCAGUUGCCAACUCAGACCAGCCACAUCCCGGGAGAAGCCGGAGAGCCCUCCCGCCCACGAUGACAAGGUCGAAGAGCGACCCUGUGUUCCAUCCUUCUGCAGAGCGAGCCGCUCCCGUGCUCAGCUGUGAAGCCGCCACCCAGACGGAGGGGAGACCGGACCUGGCCGCGGUGACCCUGCGGAGGGGCUUGCGACCCCGAGCUGCCAGGUGCAGGCCGCAGUCCCUCAUAGAUUACAAGUCGUACAUCGACACCAAGCUGCUGGUGGCCAGGUUCCUGGAGCAGUCCUCCUGCGCCAUGACGCCCGACAUCCACGAACUUGUGGAAAACAUCAAAUCGGUUCUGAAGUCCGACGAGGAGCACAUGGAGGAGGCCAUCACGAGUGCCAGCUUCCUAGAGCAGAAGCCACAGCCAGAGUCUCUCCAGACCCUCAGGGGAGCACAAGAGCAAUCCGAUUCCUCGCAGGAAGAGAUCAUGGCCCCCUUGCAGCCCAGCCCCCCCAGGGCCCACCUGCUGCCCUCGCGGAGCCAGCCCGGCGUGCUGCACCUGAGGAGCUGCGGGGACCUGAGCACCUUCGUGGCGGCCGGGAGGCCGAGAGUCGAGAGGAGGCCCCGGCGGGCGGCUGAGCGGCCACACAGCCUCAUCGGCGUCAUUCGCGAGACUGUCCUGUGAACCUCAGGAGCAGGAAGGAAGGAUCCCCUCCUCACCAUGCAGCGUCCAGGGUGGGGGUUGGGGUCCCCCUCUGGGAGCUGCUCUAAAAGGGGGGGCCUUCGGAGGACACCUGUCCUCGCUCCAUGGCUCACCUUUCUGCUGGCCUAGGGUUCUUCCAGGCUCAUUUGGGUUUGGAUGCAUCAGAUUGGAGGCUGUGAAGGCAGCAUCCCUCUCCCCCCUCACUGGCCCUGCCCCGGAGUAGGUUAAUGAAUCUUUGCCCACACACCACCUCGUGGCUCUCUGCCUCGUCCAGCCCUGUCACUGGGGCAGGUCUGCUGGGCUGCUGUUGAUAGACGCUGCGGCCACGCACUGCUCCGUGAGAGAGGAAUUGGCACGCCACCCACUGGGGAUCGCCCGCAACCCAGGCAUGUGCCCUGACCGGGAAGCGAACCGUGACCUCCUGGUUCAUAGCCCGACGCUCAACCACUGAGCCACGCCAGCCGGGCUGGCAUGAAGCACGGAUGAUCAACCCCCAUGCUCUAAUCAUCAAGUCCCUGCAUAGAUCGCCCUGCAAUCACUCUCUUUAGGAAAAACAGGGAACUUUUUCAGUGACAAAUCGUAAUGAAAGACAUUUAGGGGGGAUAUUCUUGUUGAUUCCAUUUAUUCAUGCUUGCAAAACUAGAGAUGGCUAAGGCAGAACUGAGAAUAAAAUGUUUACUUUGGA